AGGCCGACGGAGACCAGCCUGCCCCGGCUGAACUGGGCUUCCAUCCGCGGUGGGAGCGGCGCCUCAGGCUCGGCCGCCAGCCGGGGCUCGGGCUGGGGCCCGGGCCCCCGGGGAUGGCCCACCGGCCCUCACAGGGCGACGGUUCCGCGGGCCGCUGGAAGCGCGGCGCGGGGAAGGCAGACUUUAAUGCCAAAAGGAAAAAGAAGGUGGCGGAGAUACAUCAGGCCCUGAACAGUGAUCCCAUUGAUGUGGCCGCCCUCCGACGAAUGGCUAUCAGCGAGGGAGGGCUCCUGACUGAUGAGAUCAGGUGCCAAGUGUGGCCCAAGCUCCUCAAUGUCAACACCAAUGAGCCACCACCUGUGUCAAGGAAGGAUCUGCGACAAUUGAGCAAGGAUUACCAGCAAGUGCUGCUGGAUGUCAGGCGGUCUCUUCGGCGCUUCCCUCCUGGCAUGCCAGAUGAGCAGAGAGAAGGGCUUCAGGAAGAACUAAUUGACAUCAUCCUCCUCAUCUUGGAUCGCAACCCUCAGCUCCACUACUACCAGGGCUACCAUGACAUAGUGGUCACUUUCCUGCUGGUAGUGGGGGAGAAGCUGGCAACAUCCCUGGUAGAAAAGUUGUCUACCCACCACCUCAGGGAUUUCAUGGAUCCCACAAUGGACAACACCAAGCACAUCCUAAAUUAUCUGAUGCCCAUCAUUGACCAAGUGAACCCACAACUCCAUGACUUCAUGCAAAGUGCUGAGGUGGGGACCAUCUUUGCCCUCAGCUGGCUUAUCACCUGGUUUGGGCACGUCCUGUCGGACUUCAGGCAUGUUGUGCGGUUAUACGACUUCUUCCUGGCCUGCCACCCACUCAUGCCCAUUUACUUUGCAGCUGUGAUUGUACUGUAUCGGGAGCAGGAAGUCCUGGACUGUGACUGUGACAUGGCCUCUGUCCACCACCUAUUGUCCCAGAUCCCUCAGGACCUGCCCUAUGAGACUCUCAUCAGCAGAGCAGGAGACCUCUUUGUUCAGUUUCCCCCUUCUGAACUUGCAAGGGAGGCAGCUGCACAGCAGGAGGCUGAAAGAACGGCAGCCUCUACUUUCAAAGACUUUGAGCUGGCAUCGGCCCAGCAGAGGCCAGAUAUGGUGCUGCGGCAGCGGUUUCGGGGACUUCUGCGGCCUGAAGCUCGAACAAAAGAUGUCCUGACCAAACCAAGGACCAACCGCUUUGUGAAACUGGCAGUGAUGGGGCUGACGGUGGCACUUGGAGCAGCGGCUCUAGCAGUGGUGAAGAGUGCCCUGGAGUGGGCCCCUAAGUUCCAGCUGCAGCUGUUCCCCUAAACUCAGCCCAAGGAGCCACUUUCUCACCCAGUGCACCAAGCUCUCCCCACUUCCAGAAAGGCACAAGAGGGUGGAAUUGCUGUAAUUAAAGGGUUUCCGUCAGGGGUGUUCUGUUCUGCUGCCCUUGGCAGCUUAUGUUUUGGCUUUGGUGCAUAGCGGCAGAGCUGCCUGACACUGGGCUUAGUGGACCUGAGUGCUCUUUGCUCCUCAACUGUUGGAAGUGGGUCUGGAACACCUGGCUACCCAGCUCACUGCCUAGAAGAAAGUUGGGCACAGAGAGGCCCUCCUUAUAGCACCACAUGUUCUGUGUUAUCUAGACAAAGCAGGCAGGGACAAAGUCCAGCCUUGGGAUGAAAGCGAGAGGUGAGAACUCCAGGCUGGGAGCAGCUGGUCAAAGUCACAGACAGACAUGAGCUGGGUUCUAGUUAAAUUUUCUGAUCCCAGCCUAGAGAUCUCAGCAGAGGAAUGCUAAUCUCCUGGAUGGUGUUACCUAUGUUUCCCUAUUCUUUCUCUAUAGGCCACAUGACAUUACCUAUAAAGACAUUUUUAAUACUAUUUUUAUGAUUGUAUACUACACCUAACAUAGCAAGUAUCCUCACUUAAAAAAAAGAAAAAAAACUUAUGUGUGUAUGCAGGUGCCCACAGAAGCCAGAAGUGGGCUUCAGAUUUCCUGGAGCCUGGUGUGGGUGCUGGGAUCUGAACGCCAGUCCUCUAGUAAAACUGAAGUAGUAAGCACUCUUAACGGUGGAGCCAUCUCUCCAGCCUCCUCUCUCGUAGUUCCUUCCUGGGAGAAGCUAUCAGUGAUGAGCAUGUACUGGGAUAACAUUUACUUUUUCCUUUCUUGGAGGGAAAUGGAACCCAGGACCUUGCACAUGUGAGGCAAAUAUUCUACCACUGAGUAGCACCAGACUUUUUAGUAGUUUUAUUUUUUAGACAGGGUCUACCUAAGUUACCCAGGCUGGCCUUGAACUUUGGAUCCUCCUGCCUCAGGUCCCAAUUAUCUGGGAUGACAGGAUUGUACCUGAGAUAUGUUCCCUGCUCAGUUUAGCCAAAGUUGCUUUGUGAACAAUCCCAUGCCCCACAGUGUCACUUGUCUUGCUUUCCUUAUUUUCCACUAGUCAUCCACCUUGGCCUGUCUAUAGUGAUCUCAGCUGCUGGGUCAGGCUGGGAAUGUCCUUGGCAAUUUGCCAGCAUGUAGACAGGUCUUGGCAGGAACCCCAUACCACCAGCCCCUCUUACCCCUGGGCUCCUCAAGGAGGGGUGUGUGGGCUCCGUAGGAUCACUUGGUCUUCCUAGGAUGGCUUUGUUAAAAGCAAAAGCCAGGUUUGUUUUAUAGAAACUCUGGCUUGAAAACAAAAGUGCCUUUUGCUGCUUUAAAGAGUGAGUACUGGGAAGCAUCUCCAUGCUUCUAUUUUCCUGAUCUCUCCUGGGCACUCUUCUCCAGUCCUGCCGUAUUCACACCCAACGUGUCCCCUGUGCCCACUGUAUGCAGUGGGAUGCUCUGCGUGUUGGGCAAUCACAAACCAGAGCACAUAGGAAGUGUCCAGGCUGAAUUACACAAAGCACUUUAACCAAACCAAGCUGGAGCGGUAAAUCGUUCUCCACACAGGAGCCCGGCCUGGGGCAAGUGAUUCACGGGGAUUAAUUCAGGACAAAGGAGAAUUUACCAGGUCCAGAGUGAUGCAGUGACAACAGUUACUGUCAGUCUGCCACAGGAAGUUGUCAUCUGUGCCUUUGGCAUACUUGAAGAGCUGUAGGAAGUGUGCUGACUAAGGGGAGGGGCAUGGGCCCAGGGUCCAAGCCACAAUUCUGCAUCCAAACAAGCAAAGUGGCACUGGCUUGUGCUAAGCUGAAGAGAGUGGUGUGUGCCCAUACCAGGACUCCCCUGCUACUGAGAAGCAUUGUCAAUUUACCUUCAGGUAUUUACUUAUUCUGUAAAGAUACGUGUAGAUGUUUUGUACAGAGCCCUGUAUGAAAUAAACACCCUUAUGUGGU